GCUACAAGUUGUUCCAACAAGACUAAUACAGGCUGUUCGUAACAAGUUGCCACGAGCUUGUUGUCAUCAACUUGUUAACAACUUGUUACGUGCAGACGAUAUCAGACUUGUUGGAACAACUUGUUGCGAGUCUGUUGGCCUCAUCAACCUUGUUACAAGAUGAUAACAACUUGUUCCAGACUUGUCAAGCUAACUCAUGCUAACAUAGAGUUGUCACAAAGUUCGACGGAAUUUUUAGUUUAGUGGACAUUUUAAAACUAUGCACGUUUUUUUAUACACUCUGUAUAUGCAUGUUUUUAUUCCACAGGUCAACAUGAGAGGAAAGACGGAAUUAUUCUUCCUGACCACAGGCUUCGUGUUGUUUAUAUCCGACGUGGGCACAGAUAUCUUUGUGGCCAUCCAGUAUAAACGUAACGAAGAAUAUUAUUAGUUUGGACUGACAUUAUUCUUUGUCGUCGUUCCAACUAUCAUCGUCAAUAUAUUGGCUACCUGUCAAUUGCAAACUGAGCCGGAAAAUUUCUGGGAAGAUUCCAGCUGCGUUUUGAUGUUUUCACUUUCAUCAAUAUUUAUACGAUUUGGUAUAGAGUUCAAAAACUGGAAGAAGAAAUUUUUAGAAAACCAUCCUUGCAGUACAUACUGCAAGAAUUGCAAGGAUUGCAGAGACUACAAGGAGAAAAUCAAGGAGCCCAACGAGUCAGCAUACAACUUCGCGUGGAUACGUUAUGUGGAGGUGCUUAUGGAGUCUGCUCCACAAUGGUGUCUAUACAGGUUUACAUCAUGCUACGUCAGUGGACGUUCCCAUGGUACACUGUGCUCUCAGCCGUGAUUUCCCUGCUUUUAUCAGCAUGGAGUAUCACCACUCUGGAAAAAGCAAGAGUAAUUAAAGACGAAGAACUUGAUACAGAUGAUUUUAAAGUGCUCACAACCAUUGUAUAUUUCGUUAAUCAACUGGUUGUUUUGGUGUCACGUCUAUUUGCGAUUGCAGUCUUCGCGUAUGUCUUUAAACAUGAUAUGUUCCUUCUUCUGCUCUUGUCCUGGUUAAUAUCGUGUGCUUUAUUCACAUGUAUAGCCUGUAUCUAUAUUUCCUGUAAGUGUACAUUUUGUUACACCAACACCAAUGAAUCCGAAUCAUCCGUUAAAUGUUCCUACCUUCCCGUAAGCCUUCUGCUUACAUUUUUCGUGUCAGAAACUGUUCUUUAAUCGCUUGGUUUUGGUUCUUUCCUUCUUCAUUGUUUCAUGUUUGGCGUGAAAUCUCUAGAAAACCUUCUCAUGAUAGGAGCGGCUUUUUCUUCAUCUGACGAGGCACACAUGAGUAUACUAGCACCAAUUGCCUGCGCCACGUUUAUAAUAGGCUUCGUUGUAGGCAUUGCUUUACUUAUAGUCUAUAACAAAAUUCUCAAACCAAAAAAACAACAGGCCGGAAAUCUAGUCCAUAGUCAAGAUAACAUUAUUGGUGUAGAUUAAAUUAUUAAUAAGUAAUAUUAUAUGGUUUCUCGUGCAAUUCUUGGGUUUCACUACACAGUAUUAUGUAGUAAAUCUGACGGGAGGUCAACUUCAAAUGUAUUGAUGCUUAUGCUGUACUGGUGUGAGAAAAUGAUACGAAAUUCCAUGUAUUUGCCACCGAAAACAAGGCUAAUACACAAAACGAACAAUCGACUCACUCUGAUAACUGUGUUUUGUUUUAGAGUUGACCCCCCAUCACUUCUGUGACGUCAUAUGCAACCCAAGAAUUUGGAAAAACAAACAUUUUUGAGUUUUUCAAUUGAUCGUUUUUAUCUGAGAAAAACUAAUUCGUGUGUUUUUUUUCCAAAUUGCGCGCGAAACGAUAAUAUACUAGUAUGAUUUUUUUAAAUAUAAUGCUUGUUUAUCGCACUUAUGAUACUGUUAACUGUAAUAGCACAUAAAGUUCUUUAAUAGUUUUAUCUAAUUUUGUAACUAUUAUGAACAAGGAUUUUUUAACAUCGUAACACGUCUGAAUGGAAAAGUGCACAUCUUUUUUAUAUUUUGAAGUAGAUUUCGUAUAGUCAAAUAAAAUUGUCAAUCAAUCAUUGAAUCAAUAAAAAGAUAUAGCAGAGUAGCUACAUGGAUAAUUCUGGAUUAAUCCUUGUAGUCUAUUGCUUAACUAUAGGUGUUGUACGAAAUGCGCAGUGUUUAUUCAAGGUAGCUUUAAGAGGCAAGAAAACGUUGAAGUAAAGUUUUUCUCCACGAAAAUUAAUCAUAUUGCGUCUUAGGGACAGGUCGGUCAUUAUUUAUGGUGG